GUCAAGGACUUAAGAAGUUUCAAGGUUUGCAGAACCUUUCAGCCCGUCUUCGCCAUCAAGACACUCUCUUCCUUCGCCUUUUUUGAGGUCUAAAGCUCCCUCUGUCAUCAUGUCCGACACAGAAGACGUUGGGGAAUAUGAAGAGGAAGUAGCUGAAGAGGUAGUAGAGGUAGAGGUAGCUCCAGAGGCAGCUCCUGAACCGGAGCCUGAGCCUGAGCCUGAGCAAGAACCAGAGCCAGAGCCAGAGCCAGAACCAGAGCCAGAAACACAGCCAGAACCAGAGCCAGAACCAGAGCCAGAGCCAGAGGUGCAUGAGGAAGAGGCCUAUGAAGAGGAAGAUGAGAAGCCCAAGUUCAAACCAAGUGCACCAAAGAUCCCUGACGGGGAAAAGGUGGACUUUGAUGACAUCCAGAAGAAGCGUCAAAACAAGGAUCUCGUUGAGCUGCAGGGCCUGAUUGAUGCCCACUUUGAGUGCAGGAAGAAAGAGGAGGAGGAGCUUAUUGCUCUGAAAGAAAGAAUUGAGAAGCGUAGGGCUGAGAGGGCAGAACAGCAGAGGAUCCGCGCUGAGAAGGACAAGGAGCGUCAGGCAAGACGUGAGGAAGAGAGGCUGAGGAAGGAGGAGGCUGAUGCUAAGAAGAAGGCAGAUGAUGAUGCCAAGAAGAAGUCUGCCCUGUCCAACAUGGGCUCUCAGUACAGCAGCUACCUGCAGAAGGCUGACUCGAAGAGGGGAGGCAAGAAGCAAACUGAAAGGGAGAAGAAGAAGAAGAUUCUGGCAGACAGACGCAAACCUCUGAAUGUUGACCAUCUCAACGAGGACAAGCUGAAGGAGAAAGCUAAAGAGCUGUGGGACUGGUUGUACCAGCUGGAAGCUGAGAAGUUUGAGCACCUCGAGAAACUCAAGAGGCAGAAGUAUGAGGUUACAACCCAGCGUAAGAGAGUGGAGGAGCUCAGUAAAUACUCCAAGAAGGGUGCUGCUGCUCGCCGCAGAAAGUAAGCGUUCAUGGAGAAACCUACACUUGUGGUCAAGACAUGUCUGUUGCCUGCGUCUCCGAGCUAUGCCUUCAUUCAGCAGGCAUCUCUGAUCCCAUCCACCAUUUGCAUUUUAUCAGAGGCUAUCAAAGGCGGUCUACCACCGCCGGUGUGACAUUAACACUGUCCGGUCUUAGCGGUAGUUGUAGUAGGAUCUUCCCCUCUUAAGACGCUAUGUCUUUAGGUUCUCACCUUCCGUUUUUGUAAAUAAUGUUUGGCUCGCCAGCUUUAUCUGUUGCAUCUGGCAGUUCAAUAAAAUAUUCUUCAAGACUGA